AUGACCGGGAAACAAACAGAGAACCGGCAGCAAUUUAGCUACGUCAAAACUAAGCAGCAGUACAUUGCAAUCGAAACGGCAGAUUGUAAGAGACAUGGGUAUGUACUUACCGAAACGACGUUAGGAACUGGCGCAUACGCAAAGGUAAAGCUGGCACGAGUGGUAGAAAAGAAACUCGAGCGAUAUGAGCGGCUAAGAACUGAUUUGAAAGAUAAGGGGCACAAUUUGGUUGCGAUAAAAAUUAUUUCGAAGAAGGAAGCUCCAUCUGAAUACAUUAAUAAGUUCAUGCCUCGAGAAGUGGACGCCUUAAAGGUCACCUACAAACACCCAAACCUCGUCCAGUUGUAUGAAGUGUUUCGGACAGACAUUCGUAUCUACCUGGUGGUAGAGUAUGCCCCAAAUGGUGAUAUCUUAUCGUACAUAAACGAAUGCGUACUGCAGAAUGGAUGUGGGAUAAAGGAGGACAGAGCUAGACACCUUUUCAAGCAAAUAAUCGCUGGCGUAGCACACUGUCACAACCUUAAUGUUGUUCACAG